AAUUUGGCUGCUGUCGUGAUCGGUCUUGCUACGCUUUCUUAUCAUAAAUUAUAAAAAAAUUUAAGUUUAUAAUGGAAAUUCCCAACAACAUAAUCAACGCUUUCUUGACAAUACUUUGCUUAUGUUUUCUGACAAAUUUUGCCAGCUCUCAAGAAGACGAAACAGGAAUUUCGUCGUUUUGUGCCCCUGGCAGUCGUUGUGCUCCGCUCUGGAAGUGCAGCAAUAACUCAGAAAUUACAUUUGGGAAAAUAGAUUCACUUUAUCGUGUAAGCGUCACAAAUCCGUGUGAAAGUCAUCAAUCGUGUUGCAGAGAGGAGUUUAUUAGAGAGCUACCACAGUUGCCACCGCAUGAUUUUGCUUGCGGUCGUCGUAAUGUGGAAUCUAUGCAUGUCGAAAAUCAGAGUACUUCAAAGUUGACCGAUUUCGCCGAAUUCCCCUGGGUUGUGGCCAUCUUUCUUAGCGAGCAGACAAAUCUGAACUUUAUUGGAGGCGGGUCAAUCCUAUCGCCAAAUGUGGUCUUAACUGCCGCUCACAUUGUCUGCGACCGCGCCACCCAGGAUCUUCGCAUCCGUGCUGGAGAAUGGGACACGCAGUCGGUGGAGGAACGCUUUGAGCACCAGGAGAGAGAAGUGCUCGUUAAGAUCUGUCAUGAGAAGUAUGAUAGUGGAACAAUGUUCAACGAUAUUGCGGUGCUGAACUUGAGAACUCCACUCGAAUUUGCCAAACAUAUAAUGCCCAUUUGUUUGCCCCGACAAUUUGAGUUUCCCAACAUCGAACGCUGCUUUGUGGCUGGCUGGGGAAAGGAGAAGUUUACGUCCGAUACAACUCGCAAUAUUCUCCGCAAAGUUGAUCUUCCGAUUCUAGAUAAUCGACGGUGUCAACGGAAAUUCAGACGCACUCGCUUAGGUCGCUACUUCCGCUUGGAUGAAUCCUUUUUGUGUGCCGGCGGCGAGAAGAAUCUGGAUUCUUGCACUGGCGAUGGCGGAUCGCCUCUCUUUUGCCCCCUUGUCGAUCAUCCCGGUCAAUAUUAUCAAAUUGGCAUUGUCUCCUGGGGUCUGAAUUGUAACUACCCGAAUGUGCCUUCGGCCUAUGCAAAUAUAUCACAUCAGCUUAACUGGAUUCAUGGUGUGCUUAAAGGACUUGGCCAAAAUGUGAACUACUUUAUACCAUCCUUUAAACGUGAGUAUCGGAUGAGAGAUACAAAUUCAAUCAUCCACAAUUAAAGUGAUUGAUGCUUAGAAGACAAGAACUCAUGGUCAGACCAAGAGUGGAAAUGUUUACUUCUCCCGAGGCGAAAAACUUGCUAAAAUAUAUUUUCGAAAUGUAAUCUUUGUUUCUUU